AAGUCCAUGUAGUAUUUUUGUAAUAAUUGGUAUGGGCACAUGUCUAAAAAGUUUUUCCACGGGAAUACUUGUGUUGAUUCAACAACAACCAGCCAGCCCUACCACUAAACUCAGUACAGCUAGUCCACCUUUUAAUUAAUUUUGCUUUUCUAUAACUUUUUUUAUUCCCCAACCUUUGAGGAAACUAAAGCAUACUAACACUACCCAGAAAAAGAAUGUGGAGUGGCUACUCUGCUAGCACGGUCGUCUUCUUCCUUGUAGUGGCGUUGUUCAUCAAUCUGAGCUGCCAUAGCCAUGUAGAAGCUGCAGCUGGUUCACCUGUCAAGUUUCUUCCUGGCUUUGAUGGCCCUCUUCCUUUUCAUCUGGAAACUGGGUACAUGGGAGUGGGAAAGAAUGAAGAAGUGCAACUAUUUUAUUAUUUCAUAAAGUCGGAUUCAAAUCCAGAAGAAGACCCUUUAAUUCUUUGGAUUACAGGAGGCCCUGGCUGUUCUCCAUUACGUGCUAUCAUUCAAGAAAUUGGACCAUUGCUUAUUGAGCCGGUGGAGUAUAAUGGGAGCUUGCCCAGGUUGUUACCAUUUCCCUAUUCAUGGACUAAGGUAGCUAGCUUUAUAUUCUUGGAUUUACCCGUUGGUACUGGAUUUUCAUACGCUAAAACGUCGAAUGGUGCUCAAUCUGAUAAUUUAUUGACCGGCAACAAUGCAUACGAAUUUCUUCGAAAGUGGCUCGCUGAUUAUCCGCAAUUCCUUUCUAAUCCUUUUUACGUUGGAGGGGACUCAUACUCCGGCAUUACAGUUCCAAUAGUUACUGAAAUGAUAUCUAAUGGUAACGAGAUAGGAAUUAAGCCAUUUAUCCAACUUAAGGGAUACAUAGUUGGCAAUGGGUUAACCUUUCCAGAUGAAGGAAACUAUCGAAUUCCCUUUGCUCAUAGAAUGGCUCUUAUUUCUGACGAGCUAUACGAGUCCUUAAAAACAAAUUGCAAAGGAGAGUAUUUCGACACUGAUCCGACAAAUUUAUUAUGUCAACAAGAUCUUCAAACCUAUAAUCAGUUGAUUGAGGGAAUAUAUCCUAAUAAUAUUCUGGAGCCUAUUUGUUUGUCUGAUGAUUCUUCAACAUCAUCGUCUCUUAUUAUGUUGAAUGGACAAAGAAGGUUUCUUUAUGAGAAGCAUCAAAAGCUCCAGAAUCCUGAUUUACUUCCCGGAUUAAAAUGUCGAGAUGAUUGGAACAAACUAUCUGAAUAUUGGGCCAAUGAUUAUCGUGCACGAGAGGCCCUUCAUGUCCGGAAGGGGACUAAGGGAGAAUGGGAGCAUUGCACUUCAAAUUUACCAUUCGCGUACAUAAUCAAUAACACUAUUCCAUAUCAUGUGAGCCUCAGCAAAAAAGGUUAUAGGUCUCUUGUCUACAGCGGUGAUCAUGACAUGCUUAUUACGUAUCUUUCAACACAAGCAUGGAUAAAGUUGUUAAAUUAUGCUAUUGUUGAUGAUUGGAGGCCAUGGAUGGUUGAAGGUCAAGUUGCAGGGUAUACAAGGACAUACGCUAAUCAAAUGACAUUCGCUACUGUCAAGGGAGGUGGUCAUACUGCACCUGAAUUUCGUCCUUCAGAAUGCCAAGCUAUGUUUGAACGAUGGAUAUCUUAUAAAGAUCUUUAUUGUGUAAUUGAUUUCCUCUUCUUCUAUCUUCUAGAGUCCCCUUUGAGGAAGUCCGAUCCGGCAUACUUUUCUUUCCUCCAACAAGAAAGAAUGUGGAGUGGCUACUCUGCUAGCACGGUGGGGAUCGUCUUCUUCCUUGUAGUGGCGUUGUUCAUCAAUCUGAGCUGCCAUAGCCAUGUAGAAGCUGCAGCAGGUUCACCAGUCAAGUUUCUUCCUGGCUUUGAUGGCCCUCUUCCUUUUCAUCUCGAAACUGGAUACAUAGGCGUGGGAAAGAAUGAAGAAGUACAACUAUUUUAUUAUUUCAUAAAGUCGGACUCAAAUCCAGAAAAAGACCCUUUAAUUCUUUGGAUUACAGGAGGCCCUGGCUGCUCUCCAUUACGCGCUAUUAUUCAAGAAAUUGGGCCAUUGCUUAUUGAACCGGUGGAGUAUAAUGGGAGUUUGCCCAGGUUGCUACCAUUUCCCUAUUCAUGGACAAAGGUAGCAAACUUUAUAUUUCUGGAUUUGCCCGUUGGUACUGGAUUUUCGUAUGCUACAACUUCAAAUAGUGCUCAAUCUGAUAAUUUAUUGACGGGCAACAAUGCAUAUGAAUUUCUUCGAAAGUGGCUGGUUGAUUAUCCAGAAUUCCUUUCGAAUCCUUUUUACGUUGGAGGGGACUCAUACUCUGGCAUUACCGUUCCGAUAAUUACUGAAAUGAUAUCAAAUGGUAACGAGGGAGGAAUUAAACCAUUUAUCCAACUUAAGGGAUAUAUACUUGGCAACGCGGCAACCUUUAUGGGUGAGGGAAACUAUCAAAUUCCAUUUGCUCAUAGGAUGGCUCUUAUCUCUGAUGAGCUAUACGAGUCGCUAAAAACGAAUUGCAGAGGAGAGUAUUUGGAUACUGAUCCAACCAAUUUAUUAUGUCAACAAGAUAUCCAAACCUUUAAUCAGUUGAUUGAGAGAAUAUAUCUUAACCAUAUUCUGGAGCCUAUUUGUUUAUCUGAUGAUGAUUCUUCAACACCUAAUCUUAUUAUGCUGCCUGGACAACGGAGGUUUCUUCAUGAGAAGCAUCAAAAGCUCAGCAAUCCUGAUUUGCUUCCUGGAUUAAAAUGUCGGAAUGAUUGGAAUAAACUAUCUGAAUAUUGGGCCAAUGAUUAUCGUGCACGAGAGGCCCUUCAUGUCCGUAAGGGGACUAAGGGAGAAUGGGAACAUUGUACUUCAAAUUUGCCAUUCGCAAAGAUAAUCAAUAACACUAUCCCAUAUCAUGUGAGACUCAGCAGAAAAGGUUAUAGAUCUCUUGUCUACAGUGGCGACCAUGACAUGCUUGUUCCGUAUCUUUCAACUCAAGCAUGGGUGAAGUCAUUAAACUACGCUAUUGUGGAUGAUUGGAGAGCAUGGAUGGUUGAAGGUCAAGUUGCAGGAUACACGAGGACAUAUGCUAAUAGGAUGACAUUCGCUACUGUCAAGGGAGGUGGUCAUACUGCACCUGAGUUUCGUCCUUCAGAAUGCCAAGCCAUGUUCGAAAGAUGGAUAUCUAAUAAAGAUCUUUAAUCGUGUAUAAAGUAUAGGGUAUUAAAUUUAAUCGUAAUUAAUGGUUGAAAUCUAUAAACCCAAUAUGUUAUGGCAUAUAAAUGCUAAACUUAUUAUUAGUUUAGAUUUUUUCUUAAAAUAUAGCACAUGUCUCAUUUAAAUUUGGAAGAUCUUUUUUUUAAAAAAUGGUAGUAGGUAGACCAAACAAAAGGUUGUGAAUUCGUAUAAUUGUACAUUCAUCAUAUACAUAUCGAAUGGUCCUCAUUAUUCAGUAAAUUAUACCAUUCAUCA